GGGUGGGCACUUUGUUUGCUUUCAGUCCGCUUCUGUCAUCUACUAGCAUAAACAUCUAGCAAGCUGACUGAACAGUGGAGAUCAGCUCACCUGCAGAGACACAAAGCACUCCGUCUACCUGGGGGGGAUGGCUGAGCUUCCAGAUGCAGGUCCCACCAAAGGGGCACCAACUACACCAGCUACAGAUGUGUACCCUAGAAAAAUACUGGAGUACAUGGAAGGCUUUCUUAUCUCCAAGACGGUGUUCACAUCCUGCGAACUGGGCGUGUUUGAUGUGUUGCUGGCUGCAGAGCGUCCGCUGUCAGCAGAGGAGAUCAGUCAGGCGGUGGGAGCCAGUCUGGACGGGACGCAGCGGCUGCUGGCUGCCUGCGCAGGCCUGCAGCUUCUCAACACACACUGGGACAACGGGCAAGUUUUUUAUAGUAACACAGAACAGUCCAGAGUCUUCCUCACACGUUCCAGUCCUUUGUCCCUCUGCCAGUCCAUCCAGUACAGCUCCAGGACCAUCUACCUCUGCUGGCAUUAUCUCACAGAUGCUGUUAGAGAGGGAAGAAAUCAGUAUGAAAAGGCUUUUGGAGUCAGCUCAAAGGACCUGUUUCAAGCUCUGUACAGGUCUGAUGAGGAAAUGGUGAAAUUCAUGCACUUGAUGAACUCCAUCUGGAACAUCUGCGGCAGAGAUGUGGUCACGGCCUUCGAUCUUACGCCUUUUAAGGUCAUCUGUGACCUGGGAGGCUGCAGUGGAGCAUUAGCCAAGCAGUGCACGUUGGCCUACCCAGAAUGCACUGUGACAAUCUUUGACCUCCCCAAGGUAGUGCGUGUGUCAGGGGAACACUUUGUCACCGAGGCUGACCAGAGGAUCAGCUUCCAUGAGGGUGAUUUCUUCAAGGACUCUCUGCCAGUCGCAGAUCUCUAUAUUCUUGCCAGAAUCCUCCAUGACUGGACAGACGAGCGCUGCAUAGAGCUCCUCUGCAGAAUCUAUAAGGCCUGUAAACCAGGAGGUGCCGUGCUGCUGGUGGAGGCGCUGCUAAAUGAAGACGGGUCUGGUCCACUGACGGCACAGCUCUACUCCCUGAACAUGCUGGUGCAGACGGAGGGCAGAGAGAGGACAGGUGCUCAGUAUGCUGCCCUGCUGGCUGCCAGCGGCUUCACCAACAUCCAGCACCGCCUCACUGGAAAAAUCUAUGAUGCCGUUCUGGGUCACAAAGAGACGUGAGAGAUGAAGAAAAAUGAUGCUUCCGUGUGUGUAGUAAAAUAAAGGCCCAGUGUGUAAGGAAAAAAAAAAAAAAUCGAUAUUUGCUUUUAAAAUGCAUACAGUUUCCUUUGAGAUGCAGUGUUGUCUAUGUCCUAGCUGAGAUGACCAGCUGUUUCUAAAAUGGUUCAAAGUUACUACAUGAAUGUAAAAAAAAAACAAAAUCUAAGUUAUUUGCAUACAAAUUUAAGCUUAUAUAAAAUGCUGUCUUCAGUUGUUUCAAAGAAAAUGUAUUCAUGCAAAAUGUAUCGCCAGUGUAAAACUGAGAAAAAGGUGACCUUUAUAACAUAAUAAGCUCCAAUCUUGUUUGCUGUAAAGAAGGUAGACAAAAUACAGCUAUGUCAUUUUUCACGCUAUUGCAAACUGCCUGUCUUCCAUGAAGUGUGGUCCAAUUAUUCACAGUUUACAACUGUGGUUUACCAUUAUUAUAGUUGUGCAAUACACAUCUUAACACAACUGAAAAGAAACCGCCUUCAACCCCUGCUUUGAGUUUUACUGCAAAAAAAAAAAAAAAUUGUUUGACAAAAAGCUAAGCAAAGGUGAAAUAGUGGAUGGUACACCUUUAAGUAAUGGAUAGGUUUUAUCGUUUUACUCCAUUUGUUUAGAAUAAAAUGUGAAGACGACAGGUUUAUGUGCUCACAUAAAUAAAACAUUCAUUUAUUAUACAGAGGAAAUUGGUGGGAAGAAAAUACAAAUGAGAAAAUCCCAACACCUUCAUGCCAACUUUAACUGACAAAGUAUUACGGCUGAAUGAGAAAUAAUCUCAAGGAUGUACUUUGGGAUAGAGUUUGGAUUAGGGAAGAGCCAAAGUCACUCCUGUUGCCAGGCAACAUUAUCAAAGGUUUUCCUAAUAUUCUGUCUAUCUUCUUCAAGAAGCCUAUGUAAGCAGGCUGCAGAAGACGUUAGUAAUAUUUUAAGACGUUUCUGCCCUGCCUCCGUUCACCACCCACCACAACUUUAAAAUAAUGAUUAGAGAAGGAAAUAUCAUUAUUCAGUCAUCUCCAUCAUGAUCCUGGGGAAAGCACAAUUAUACUUAUUAAAAAAACAAAAUAAAUCUUCAGAUAUCAAAGGAUUAUCAUGGACUAAUUACAUUUAAAAUGUACCGUAUGUUGCUUAUAUUAAAUAAUCUUUUUUGCGAGGCACAACUCUGUGUCUUCAGAAUGAGCUGCAACAGAAACCCCAAGGAUGACGAUAACAUGAGAACUGAGCAGAGCGGGUAAGUAAAUACCUACCUGUAAGUGCAGGCUAUAAGUGUUCAGGAAAAUCUUCUCCAAAGUCUUCAAGAGACUCUUAAAGUCAUGGAGUUAAACCCUGUUCUGAAACAACUUCAUCAACACUUGUGAAACAGCAAGUAAAACCAGAAUACAUCCCUGACAGGAACACGGUGAUCAAGAAAGAGUUCAAGUGUGUAUGACUUGAUUUAUUCUGUAACCUCCUCUCUUGGAGUUCCAGAUUACUAAAUAAUGCUACGCUAAUGUUGCCUCUGCAAAAUCAGCAAGCAUCUCCCACUGUGGACGAAAAAAAAGUAAGGGAUUAAAAAUACAUUAACUUUUCA